UGCGUGCGCCCGCCAGCUGGCAUCCGUACUUUCGCCCGUCGCGAAUUAAAAAAAUAACUUUAAAAAGUAACAGUGUCAAUGAUGUGACGUAAUAAUCGCGUGUUAACGAUUCCAAAUUUAAAUUUAUCAACGUGUCAACGAUGUGAUUGACAGUUUUAUUUUUUAAUUUAAAAGUUUUGGCGCGCAAUGACAAUGACUAUUUCAGUUGAAAAGUAAAUUGGAAGUUGCCGAAUUUCGAGUCAAGGAUUGCGAAACUCGUAAUGGAGCCAGACCUCUUCGAAGAGAUGCCGGGGUCGACGCCCCGGUCCCUGGUCACAACUAUCUAUCCAGGCAAUAGCAGUAACACUUCAAAUGAUCUCAAUGUGUACUAUUUUUAUGACUCGAUCCAGUUUCCUGUAAUGUGGGUGCUGUUUUUCCUGAUCGUGCUUCUAAAUGCAUCGGUCAUAGCAGCUCUACUCUGCACCAAUGCUAGGAAGAGCAGAAUGAACUUCUUCAUAAUGCAGCUUGCUAUUGCAGAUCUCAUGGUUGGUCUCUUAUACGUGUUCGUGGACAUCGUACAGAAGAUCACGAUAGCCUGGCUGGCUGGAGAAUUCAUGUGUAAAGUUGUCAAAUUCUUACAGGCGGUAGUAAUGUAUGCGUCCACAUACGUUCUAGUGGCGCUCAGUAUAGACCGCUGCGACGCGAUCACAAAUCCCAUGAACUUCUCCGGCAGUUGGAACAGAGCACGGGCACUGGUCGCUUCCGCGUGGAUGAUCAGCAUUGUGUUCUCUAUACCACUCCUUAUUCUAUACGAAGUUAAGGAAGUACAAGGUCAGCUCCAAUGCUGGAUAGACCUCGGCACCACAAAGCGCUGGCAAGUGUGGGUCACUCUAGUCGCAGUCAUGAUAUUCGUGCUCCCCGCACUUGCUAUAGCGGCGUGUUACGCGAUAAUAGUACUGACAAUAUGGACCAAAAGCAAAGCUGUCGUUAUGAGCCCACCGGUCAAUUCUAGACGAUUCAAGAAUUGGAGGAAUGGGCAAGCGGAGAGCGAGCCGGAGUCCCGUCGCGCCAGCUCGCGCGGUCUCAUUCCAAGAGCGAAGAUUAAAAGCGUCAAAAUGACGUUUGUCAUUGUUUUUGUGUUCAUCCUCUGCUGGUCGCCCUACAUCCUCUUCGAUCUCCUCCAAGUGUAUGACCACAUCCCGCCAACGCAGGCCAACCUGGCCAUAGCCACGUUCAUCCAGUCGCUCGCACCACUCAACUCAGCAGCCAAUCCCUUGAUCUGCUGUAUGUUCUCGCCACAUAUUUAUAGCAGCUUGAGACGCGUCCCGCCGUACCGCUGGGUGUGGUGCGGGCGGGCGCGCGGCGCGCGGCUGCGCUCGCGCUCCGACUCCACCGCGCACUCCGACCUGCUCAGCUCCACACACGCGAGGCGCUCGCAUGCUGCUGCGCUAAACGCGAGUCAGUCGGGCAGCGCGUCCCGCGCGCCGCGCCGCGCCACGCUGCUCGUCGCGCUGCACAAGUGA